AAUUCUAGAUGUAAUUCCCGAGUCUUAUCGCAGAGUUCACAAUGUUGUCGAGUAGUUUUGUGGCAUAUUUUUUACUUUUGUCGGUCUGGUCCUCUCUCGGUCUGGACAGAACUGAUCGGCUCCUUAUAAGUAGUGACCCUCAGGCUCUCCAAGUGCAAAUCAAUAAUUUGAUCCAAGAGUUGGGUAAAACCAAUCAGGAAGUCAGCUACCUUAAGUCUCAGCUUUCAUCACAGCACCAUCAGAUAUCGUCUUGUGCAGGUUCAACCUUUACUGUUUGGGGGAAACAGUCUUGUCCAAAAAUAAAUGGAACAGAGCUAGUUUAUAAUGGAUUCACAAGUGGAAGCCAGUAUAAUGAAAAAGGAAAUGGAGUAAACACCCUUUGUCUGCCUCAUGAUCCAGAAAACUUAUUGACCACAAUAUCGGUGUCAACCGGAAAUGAUUACGCGCAUCUUUAUGGAGCCGAGUACCAGUUAAAUAUAGGUCGUGUACGCAUAGACGAUAACGUUCCUUGUGCCGUCUGCCGAACCACGAUGGCGUCAUCAACCAUCAUGAUUCCUGGUAAACGCUCAUGUCCGAUUCAUUGGCAGAAACAGUAUUCAGGAAUCUUGACCGCAAAUUGGUAUGAUUAUCAAGAAAGUGAAUACUUAUGCAUUGACAAUGAUCCGGAUUACGUCGAAGGAUCCAGAAGAAAUGAGAAUGGAAGACUGUUUUACCCGGUGAAAACUGUGUGUGGAUCGUUACCGUGUCCCCCUUAUGAAAACGGAAACCUUCUAUCAUGUGUUGUUUGUUCCAAAUAAA